AUGAAGUGCGUGAAGCACGCCUUAGUUCUGCGUGCUUCCAUGAGGAAAUCCCUCCUAGCAGCGCUGUUUUUUGCAUCUGCCGGAGUGAUUUCCGCCAAGGAUUCCACAGAUAACCUCCAGUCCUUCCUGGACCAACUGCACAGGAGAUUAUCUGAGCAGCUGGAGUCGCAGCAGGAGCAACGAGAGAGCAGGCGCGACUGGUGCCAUGAGAAGCUUCAGCUCCUUGCAGACGAGGGCAAGCACGCUGAGGGAAUCAUUGAGGGCCUGCGCGGCACAAUUCGAAAACUGAAGAGCACCAAGGAUGAGAACAUCAUGUUGGUGCAGAUCACAGAGGAUGCGGCCAGCAGCGCAAAGACGCAGAGCCAGGAGCUUGCGCUGCAGCUGUCCACAAAGGCCCAACUUGCUGAAGCUCAGGAGCGGCUGAAGCUGCGAGGCAUGACUUCGUCAGCCACCCAUCGGUUUGCAGCAGCGCUGAGGCAGGCCUGUGAGGCCUCCGAGAAGCAGAGCACGCUGCAGCAGAAGGCCCUGCAAGAGCAGAUCCCCCUGCUCCAAAGCUCAACAGAGGCCAUCUCCGCUGCUGAGGCGCUUCACCGGAUUGACGAGUCCAAGGUGCGCACAGCACUCCGGGACGUGAGCUUGUUGCAGAUGGCCAGCGAAAGUGCUGCAGAGCUUCCCGACCUACUUUCUCUCUUUAGGUCCAAGCCAGCCAGCUACGAGGACAAGAUGGACGAGCUGUCCCUACCAUUCCAGUCCAGGCCAUCAGAUUCCCAGAUGCAGGACGUUCUCCCAGCCAUGCCACGGGAGCAGCGUCCGAGAGUGCUUGAGCUGAUCUCGAAAAUGCAUGGCGACGAGAAUUUGGAGCGAUCCAAGAAGCAGUCGUGGUGCAACGAGGAGCGCGAGCGGGAACAGGGCACCCUGGAGUCUGCGCGGACUUCCUCAAUGCUGUUUAGUGCCGAUGCCCGGGCACAUGACCGCAUCAAGGCGCAGCUUGAAGAUGAGUUGGCGCACAUCCAGAAGACGAGUGAGGAGUGCGACAAGGCCUUGCGCUUUAUUCUCCAAGACUCAAGUAAUACGUCCCAGGCACUGGAUUCCACCAAGCAGGACAGUACAGUCACUGCGAAGGUGCUUAACAAAGCACUGGACGGCCUUACAAGCCUCCGAGACCAGUGGUGGGGCCAAUCAGGGAAUAAUCCAGUCGAUGCGGCCAUGACAUCUCUGUCUGCCGUGAAGCAGUCAUUCCAGAAGCAAGCUGAAUCAUGCGAAGGCUUGCAGAAGGAGGCUGAAGGCACUUCCAAAGCCGUCGCAGGACGCGCCCAUGACCUGCUGGCUGCGCUGGAUGCAGAGGGGCGAAAGCUGGAGCUGACGCGCGAUUUUUACGUGAAGCGCCAGAGACGGAGCCAGUCCAUGAAGGACCUCUACGAUUCACAGGUCACCUCGGCCGAGUCAUACCUGCGGAACCUUGACCAGACGUGCGGCAAGAGCGCUCUCGAGCAGCAAUCGCACGAGAUGCAGGCCGAUGUGCGUGCUUUGAACGACGCCGAUAUGGUCUUCAGUGGCCAGACUAUCAAAGCUCCGCAACUUCUGCGAGGUUCAAAGGGCCUCACGCCAGUGCAGGAGGCAGCUUUGGCAAUGGGGGUUUCCGUUGACUGA